AUGUCGACCCUCGCCAUCAAAGCCGGCAGGAAGCUCUUCGAGCGCAACCUGGAGCAGUACCAGCCCUCGGACCCGAUGUACGAGACGUACACCGAUAAGAAGGGCCGCCAGCGCAGACGCAGGCGCGAGAGUCCGCCUGGGCUGUCUACGCGCGAUGCGAAGAUCCUGAAGUCGGUGCAGCGGCGCGCGCAUUAUCUGGAUAAAGGCUUCUCUAUAUGCGGGCUGCGCUUUGGCUGGACGUUCGUCAUCGGUAUCAUACCUGGGGCUGGAGACAUCGCCGAUGCCUCGCUCAACUACAUCCUCGUCGUGCGCAAGGCAAAACAAGCCGAGUACGUCCGUCUUCCCACCUCUCCCGCGACUCCCCUAGGACAGAUGCUCAUGCUCACGCUCCCGCCCCACAGGAUCCCCGGCUGGCUGCUGCGCCAAAUGCUGCUGAACAACGCCGUGUCCGCCGCGGUCGGCUUCGUGCCCUUCAUCGGCGACGUCGUGCUCGCGAUGUACAAGGCAAACUCGCGCAACGCCGCGCUCCUCGAGGAGUUCCUCCGCAUCCGCGGCGAGGAGUUCCUCAAGGCCGAGCGCGAGCGCGUGCAGGACCCGCAGACCGUCAAGCCCGGCGCCGGCCGCGAGCCUGGGGAGCACGUUCCCGGCAAGCAGGAGCGAUCCGCGACGGGGUUGGGGUGGUUCAGGCGCGGCAGCAAGGGGAGCAAGAAGGAGAAGAAUGGCAAGGCUCCGGCGGCUGUGGGCCCCGCGGCGGGCUCGCCGUCUGCCGAUAGGGGGCGGUUUGUCGAGGACGUCCCGCCGGUGGGAGACCACCCCAAGCCGCUGUAA